AUGACAACCACAAUUGAUGAACAAAAUAUAAAAACAACAAAUAUAAAUAAUAAUAAUAAUGAUGAUCAAAAUAAAUAUAGUAAAAAUAAUAGUACAGAUAUAAAUGAUGUUUAUGUUAAAACUGAAGAGGAUAUUGUUAUAUCAGGAGUGAAAUAUCCAACACCAACAGGCGAGGGAGUCAUACCACCAUUACAAUUUGAAAUCGUUGGUAAAUGGGGAAAAGCAAGAGCUGCUAAAUUAACAUUACCACAUCACCAAUGUUCAACACCAAUGUUUAUGCCAGUGGGUACACAAGGCACAGUGAAGGGAUUGACAUCACAGCAAUUGGUUGAUUUGAAUUGUGGGGUGGUUUUGGGAAACACAUAUCAUUUGGGACAUCGUCCAGGACCAGAGGUUAUGGACUCGGUGGGCGGCUUGCACAAGUUUAUGAAUUACCCACGUGCAAUGUUAACAGAUUCAGGUGGUUUUCAAAUGGUAUCAUUAUUACAACUUGCAGAAAUCACUGAGCAGGGUGUGCAAUUCCAGUCACCACACGAUGGUUCGACCAUGGUACUCACACCCGAACUGUCAAUGGGUAUCCAAAAUUCAAUUGGUGCUGAUAUUAUGAUGGCAUUGGACGACGUCGUUAGUAGUACUACUGUCGGACCAAGAGUGGAACAAGCGAUGUAUAGAACAUUGCGUUGGAUCGAUCGUUGCAUUAAAGCUCAUAAGAAGCCAGACACUCAAAAUAUUUUCGCCAUCGUUCAGGGCGGCCUCGACUCGAGAUUGCGUGAUAUCUGCAUGGAGGGGUUGAUGGCAAGAGAGUUCCCUGGCUAUGCCAUUGGCGGCUUGAGUGGCGGCGAAUCAAAAGACAUGUUUUGGCGUGUGGUCCAUCAAUGCACUUCAAAACUACCAGAGAACAAACCACGUUAUCUCAUGGGUGUCGGCUACGCAUUGGAUUUGGUGGUUUGCUCAGCAUUGGGUGUCGAUAUGUUUGAUUGUGUAUUCCCAUCGCGUACUGCCAGAUUUGGAACUGCUUUGGUCGCUUCUGGAUCUUUAAAUUUAAAAUCAUCAGAAUAUGCAUUUGAUUUCACUCCAAUCGAUUCAGAAUGUACUUGUAUGGUUUGUAAGAAUUACACCAAAGCUUAUUUACAUAUUGUAGCUGGUAAAGAAGCAAUUGGUGGUCAAUUACUCACUUUUCAUAAUAUUCAUUACCAAAUGUCUUUAAUGUCUCAAAUUCGUCAAUCAAUCAUUGAUCAAACUUUCCCAAAUUUUGUAAAAUCUUUUAUUAAUAAACAAUAUCCAAAUAAUGAUUGUCCACAAUGGGCAUUAGAUGCUUUAAAAGAAGUUAAUAUCAUAAUAUAA